AUGCAUUUGAUUGGAAUAACACUUCAAUUUAUCAGUUGCUAUCUAUCUAUCUAUCUAUCUAUCUAUCUAUCUAUCUUAUUUGUUCCUAUCUAUCUAUCUAUUUAUCUAUCUAUCUAUCUAUCUAUCUAUCUAUCUAUCUAUCUAUCUAUCUAUCUAUCUACAUUGAUCUAUCUUAUCUGUUCAUAUCUAUCUAUCUAUCUAUCUAUGCAUUACCUCGUUCAUCUCUUGUUUCCUCCAUUUUUGCUUACUUUUCCCGGCGCACUCUUUGUCAAUAAGAAUCUGCACUUAUUUGUCUUUUCCUCUCUUCACCUUCUCCCUUCCCCUUUAAAACUUCCCGCCAUUGUUUUUCCUUUUUGUGCCUUCCAUCAUUUUUUUCCUCGAUCUUUCAAUCUUUCUCAUCUUUUAACGUUUGAAUUUAUUCGUUUUUCAUUUUAUUUCUUCCCUUUCCUUUCGUCUGAUCUUUCUCCUAAACUAUUUUCUUUAUCAUUUCUUUCUUUUCUUUUUUCUUGUUUCGAUUUCCUUUUCUACAUGACGGCCAUUUUUUUUUGUUGCCCUUUUUGUCUCGCUCUUAUUUUCUUCCAAAUAUUUCUUCGAUGUGUUUAUUUUACUUUCUUUCUUUCUUUCUUUCUUUCUUUCUUUCUUUCUUUUGCUUCAGAUAUUUCUUCAAUGAGUUCUUACGUUUCUUUCUUUUUAGACUGCUUCCAAAUAAUCUUUCAAUGUGUCCUUCCUUCCUUCCUUCCUUCCUUCCUUCCUUCCUUCCUUCCUUCCUUCCUUCCUUCCUUCCUUCCUUUUCGUCUGCUUUCUCAUACUUCAUCAAUGUGUGCCUACUUUUCUUUAUUUUUCGACUACUUUCAAAUAAUCUUUCAAUGUGUUCCUUCCUGCCUGCCUUCUUUCUUUCUUUCUUUCUUUCUUUCUUUCUUUUAUUCUGGAUUCUUUCUUUCUUUCUUUUUCGUCUGCUUUCACAUACUUCAUCAAUGUGAGCUUACUUACUUUAUUUUUCGACUGCUUUCAAAUAAUCUCUCUGUGUGUUCCUUCCUUCCUUCCUUCCUUCCUUCUUUUUCGUCUUCUUUCUUUUUCGUCUGUUUUCAAAUAUUUCUUCAAUGUGUUUUUCUUUCUUUCUUUUUUUUUUCCAUAGUCAUUUGUAUUUCUCUUAAUUUCUUUCUUUGGCUUUCUGCUGCUUUUCUUUGA